AUGCGGUGGAGGUCACGACGCCAAGCGCGCCGUUGUCUCGUCGGCCGAAACAAUCGAGCCCCUUAUUCGUACCCGUACGUGAUUGGAGAAUCUCCACAAGACUUUAUAGGGUCCCGCAGUCGUCUUGAGAGGAGAAAAGGCGUCGCUCCUCGUGCUCAAUCCCCCUACCACUUUCCUCCUUCCCUCCGAUCUCUCGGGCUUCCCUACCGUCCGAUCUCGUCGAUCAUGUCUUCGGAGAAGGGUCAACCACUGCCCAAGUUUGGAGAGUGGGAUGUCAACAAUCCUGCCUCAGCUGAGGGGUUCACUGUUAUAUUCAACAAAGCUCGGGAUGAAAAGAAGACAGGUGCUAACUCCGGGGCAACAGCAACACCACCAAGAAAUGAUGCAGGUGGUUUCCAACAAGAUGAUACCUAUCAGUAUCGAAGAAAAAGUCGGAAGUGGUUUUGCUGCUGUUGAAUGCCUGCUGUUUGGAGCCAAUAGGUACUUGUUCACCGUAGUUUGGGGUCGCAAGCAUAAAGAAUGUUUGUUUUAUUGUAACAGAUGCUGUUUAUGAAUAAUUAUCAUAUCUGGUUCGUGUGAAUCGGUAUUAUUUGUAGACAAAAAAAGAGGGCAGAUCGAUGGAAGAUGGUUUAUAUCUUGUUCAA